GCGGGAGCCCCACCAGAGCCCAGCUUCAGCCCUAGCCAGAGCCAGCGUCAGCGGAGGCGGAACAGCGGACCCCCUGGCGACAUCAGAGAUCCAGCGGGUGAAGGCAAGGUCCUUUGGACUAGUCAGACAGCCUUACGCCCUGGCAGAAUCAAGAUGAGGCCCUACCGUGUCCCCCCAGCGAGGCCCCACAGCCUGAGCAAGUAGCAUGGCCUGCCACUGGCAGUGAGCAACAUGGCCGCAGGAGGUGGCCGGGCCUUUGCUUGGCAGGUGUUCCCCCCCAUGCCCACGUGCCGGGUGUACGGCACAGUGGCACACCAGGAUGGACACCUGCUGGUGUUGGGGGGCUGUGGCCGGGCUGGGUUACCUCUGGACACUGCUGAGACACUGGACAUGGCCUCACACACAUGGCUAGCAUUAGCACCUCUGCCUACUGCCCGGGCUGGUGCAGCUGCUGUGGUUCUGGGUAAGCAGGUGCUAGUGGUGGGUGGCGUGGAUGAAGUCCAGAGCCCAGUAGCUGUUGUGGAGGCCUUCUUGGCUGAUGAAGGCCGCUGGGAGCGUCGGGCUACCCUCCCUCAAGCAGCCAUGGGGGUUGCGACUGUGGAGAGAGAUGGUGUGGUGUAUGCUCUGGGGGGAAUGGGCCCUGACACGGCCCCCCAGGCCCAGGUCCUGUCAUAUGAGCCCCGCCGGGACUGCUGGCUUUCGCUACCCUCCAUGCCCACACCCUGCUAUGGGGCCUCCACCUUCCUGCAUGGAAACAAGAUUUAUGUCCUGGGAGGCCGCCAGGGCAAGCUGCCAGUGACUGCUUUUGAAGCUUUCGAUCUGGAGACCCGGACGUGGACCCGGCACCCAAGCCUGCCCAGCCGCAGGGCCUUUGCUGGCUGUGCCAUGGCUGAAGGCAGUGUCUUUAGCCUGGGUGGCCUGCAGCAGCCCGGGCCUCACAAUUUCUACUCCCGCCCGCAUUUUGUCAACACUGUGGAGAUGUUUGACCUGGAGCAUGGAUCCUGGACUAAGCUGCCUCGUAGCCUGCGAAUGAGGGAUAAGAGGGCUGACUUUGUGGUUGGCUCCCUUGGGGGCAACAUUGUGGCUAUUGGGGGCCUUGGGAACCAGCCAUGCCCUUUGGCCUCUGUGGAGAGCUUCAAUCUUGCACGCCGACGCUGGGAGGCACUGCCUGCCAUGCCUACAGCCCGAUGCUCCUGUUCCAGCUUACAAGCUGGGCCCAGGCUGUUUGUGAUUGGGGGCGUGGCCCAGGGCCCCAGUCAAGCUGUGGAGGCACUGUGUCUGCGUGAUGGAGUCUGAAGGCCUGGUGAGACCGUCUACUAGAGCAGCUCAGUAGAGAAGCAGAUUUGGCUCCUUUUUGCUGCUAAGGGACCUCCCUAUGGCUCUGCAGGGUGAGGGAGGCCCAGGGGAGGGCACCUGAGUCACUGCCUUUGGGACUUGGGUUGGGGGAGCCUUUGUUUUUGGCACAGGACACACAUGCUCACAUCUAUUUUUAUCAGCAUUCCACUCAUGAACCAUAGCUAGCUCCACCCAUGCCCUAGAAGUUACUAGGCCUUCUGUGAAGUGGGAAGAGCGUGGUGUUGGUCUCACAGCCUUCAGGAUAGGCCCUAAAAGUUGACCAGGCCCUCUUCAGUGGCCAUUAUGGAAAAGUAUGAGCUUCUGGCUUUCCUUGAGGGUCCCCGGGGACCCCAGGAGUAUUCUGAGGGUAGAAACCACAGAAGAAACAGAGGAGAGAAUGUGGGGACUGCCAGGGGGCCAGAGGACUGCUGCUUUGUGCCGUCUACACCAAGGGUUGUAUGGCCCGGGCAGGUCACGUCACCUCUCUGUGCCUCAGCAUCCUCAUUUGUAAAUGGGGAUCUCUGAAACUUUCCUGCCCGACCUACCUCACAGGGAUGUUGUGAGGACCCAGGGAGUUUUGAUGUAGAAAUAAAAAUACUGCUACAGUCUGGUAUGUG